CCGUAACAAUGAUGGUGAGCGUGUUCUUCCAAAUCAUGUCCUACACGACAGCCUUCACUUUCCUCUUUUCGGUUGUGAAGUUGAUCGCACCCGAAAAACCGAACGCUAGCGUAUUCUGGUUCAUUGUAAUUACGUUGGUCUACACGAAGGUCUACUUGAUUUACAUGAAUAGCGUUGUUAAGAAAUUCCUGUUGGCGCAGAUACGGGCCGCGAAAGCUCUGGACGAAGAACUGUCCUGCUGGGAUGCCUAUUUGCCCAGCUUUUACACAUACGUUUUGACGUUUAUUUACGGUCUUACUAUAUUUCUCAACUUGAUCAUUUUUAUUAAAUUUAAAUUUUGAGACUUUUAAACGUCAUUUCUCAUUUUAAUAUAUGUAUUAUGGAUGCUUUAUUAUAUGAAACUGUUUUAUAAUAAAGUUUAUUUCAUGCAGUA